AUGGGUUCUGCAAUUGCGUUGUUGACGAUUGAAGGGAGGGGAUGCUCAACGACGAUUCAGGGUUCUGACUGGCGAGGUGCAGUAUGCAGCGGCCAGCGGCAGAUGACUCCUUCUUCCCCAACCCAAAGUUACCGAGUCUGGAUGACAAACAAUGAAAGAAGAGAGGAUGAAAUCGGCAACGACAAGACCGACGGCUCGGGGAUGAAGAAAGGAAAGAAUUCCAAAUGA